CAAACACAAACACACAAAUCCCUCUACCUCUCUUUCCCGAAUCUCUCCUCCCCCUUGGUCUCUUGGUUAGCUUCUAAAAUUUCGGUCAUCAAACUCUUCUCCAUGGAUUGACUUCUCCCAAUAUGAAUGUAAGGGAAUGCGUAGUGAAGCCUACACAUUAUUUUCUGAGGCAUUUUCAAUACUUCUGCAGGUUACUGUUCCAAUGCAUCAGAAGUUGCCAAUUGCUGUAUCUUGCCAUGGUUUUGUAUCAUGCAGGAGACAUGACUGAUGCGAUAAUGCAACAGCACAAGGAACUAAUAAUAAAUCAACGGUGCCUGGAUUUGGACCACCCUGACACUGCUCACAGUUAUGGCAAUAUGGCUCUUUUCUACCAUGGACUUAACCAAGCAGAACUUGCAUUACGGCACAUGUCUCAGGCAUUGCUCUUGCUAAGCUUGUCAUCAGGCCCAGAUCACCCUGAUGUUGCUGCAACUUUUAUAAAUGUUGCAAUGAUGUACCACAUUGGAAAUAUGCACACAGCUCUUCUAUCUGCAAGAAGCUUUGAAACAAAGUGA